AUGCCCAACUCCACUAUGGUGACUGAAUUCCUGCUUACAAGAUUUUCCAAUGUUUGGGAGCUCAGAGUCGUACAUGCAGUGAUUUUCCUAUUGAUGUACUUGGGAACCCUGAUGGGCAACUUUCUCAUUGUCAUCAUAACCACCUUUGACAAGAAACUUCACACCCCCAUGUAUUUCUUCCUGAGGAAUCUGUCUGUCCUGGACAUGUGCUACAUUUCUGUCACUGUACCCAAGGCCUGUGUCAUCUUCCUGCUUGAGAACAGGGUGAUCUCCAUGGUUGGAUGUGCAGCUCAGGUCUUCCUAGCAAAUUUAUUUGCUACACUGGAGCUGUUGUUCCUCAGCAUCAUGGCCCGUGACCGCUUUGUGGCCAUCUGUCAGCCCCUCCACUACCCUGUCAUCAUGAACCCUCAUGUCUGUGUCCAGAUGACACUGGCCUCUGUACUCAGUAGUGUGGUCUACUCUGGAUUCCACACUGGAAACACUUUCCGGCUGCCCUUCUGUCAGUCCAACGUGGUCCAGCAGUUCUUCUGUGACAUACACUCUCUGCUGAAACUCUCCUGCUCUGACACCUUAAGCAAUGAAAUUUUAAUUUUUAUCUGUGCAGUGGUGAUUGCUGGUGGCUGCUUUGCCUUCAUCACCAGGUCUUAUAUUCGCAUAUUUUCUACUGUGCUGAAGUUUCCAACCAGGGGAGAACAAGGGAAGGCCUUUUCCACCUGUGUCCCUCACAUCCUCGUGGUGACCGUCUUUGUCAGCUCAAUCGCUGCUAUAUACAUGAAGCCAACCUCUAACUCUCCCACAAUUCAGGACAUGAUCACCUCUGUGUUCUAUACUAUAGCCCCUCCUCUCUUGAAUCCUAUUAUCUAUAGUCUUAGAAACAAGCAGAUAAAGGAGGCUGUAAAGAGAAUUAUAAACCAAAAACUUUAUUCAGAAAAGCGAUAG